UAAAGCUCCAAGACGCCAUAUAAGAAGAUAACAGGAUUCGGUUAUUAUUGCAGCCUGAAAUCAUUGUUUAGCACAGUUUAAGCUGAUUGAAGAAAUGAAGUGCAGUAAACUAGAUAUAAUUUGCUUCGUUGUGCUGUUGCAGUUGAGCGCGAUAAUCGCCACUAAUUACCAUGGAUACAAGGUUUAUGAGGUGGUUCCAAUGACGAAAAAGCAAACAGAUAUUGUGCACACGUUAUCAGAAGAUCCCAAGUACGAUUUCUGGAGGGAAGGCAGAAUUGUUGGUAAACCCAGUCAAAUAAUGGUAGCACCCGAAGAUCAAGGGGGUUUUGAAGAAAAUCUUUCAAGGAAUGGUCUCGGCUACGCUGUGGUGGCUGAAGAUGUGGAGGAAGUUCUUCGGCAGGAAAAAAUCGAAAGAUCUUUAACCAGAUCAGGGCUUUCUAUAGGCGAUGUUACAUUCAGCAGUUUUAUGCUCUAUAACGAGCAAAUGGCAUAUGUUCGAAGAUUGGCUACUGAUUACCCGGAUAUAACCACUUUGGAACUGAUCGGGCAAUCAUAUGAAGGCAGAGACAUACUGGCCUUAAAAAUAUCAAGCGGAGAAAGUGAAACAGCGGUGGCGAAGCCAACAAUUCUGAUCGAUGCAGGAAUCCACUGUAGAGAAUGGAUAGCUCCAACAGUGGCCCUGUAUAUUCUCUAUCAGCUUGUUCAGAAUAGUUCAAAUGCUGCCCUUUAUCAGAACGUUGAUUGGGUUAUUGCCCCUAAUAUGAACCCUGAUGGGUAUGAAUAUACUCAACGGACGAACCGAAUCUGGCGAAAAAACCGCCGAUUAUCUGACGGGGCCACUUGCUAUGGAACCGACUUGAACAGAAACUUUGGAUACUUCUGGAUGCACGCUGGAGCCUCAAACAAUUCCUGCCUCAACACCUACGCCGGACCAGAAGCGUUCUCCGAACCGGAAUCUCGAGCUUUGAGAAACAUGGUUCAGAACCAUCUGGAAAAUGCCCGAUUGUACCUCACCUUCCACAGCUAUGGCGAAUACUUGCUAUACCCAUGGGGAUAUGCAGUGGUUUACCCUGAUAAUGCUGAGGAACUUCAAAGCCUGGGCAAUUUGGCUGCUGAAGCUAUCGCUUCAGCUAGUACCAUCGGUUCGUCUUAUCUAGUAGCUAACUCAGCAGCUGCCUUAUAUGCAGCGGCCGGCGCUAGUGAUGAUUGGGUGAAGAGCGUUGGGGUUGAGCUGGCUUAUACCGUGGAGCUUCCUGAUGGAGACUCCCCCUAUGCCUUCAUGAUUCCGGCCAGGCAAAUACUAACCGUCGACAGAGAAACGUGGGAAGGAGUCAAAGUGUUUCACAGCUACAUUGAGGAGAAGUUUUGGACCAACGUGAACCCCAGGGGCCCACUGAAGAGCCUCAAAGUUCUAAGUGGACGACCCAUUUUGUAAUGUUGUAAAAAAUAGAAUUUGCUAGCUAUUUUCCCAAAUCA